AUGCUAGCGAAUGUUAACGGGCUAGCAGCGCCGACACCACCCGCCGUCGUUCCGCCGAAUCCUCGAGCUGUGGCGAACCUUGCACGUACCGCUCCUCCGACUUCGGAUGUGCUCGAGUGCAGUACGUCUCCGACGAACACUUCUGGUUCAGACGUCUCCGGACUGUCAUCCACAGAGUUAGCCGCAAUUUUACUUGCCGGCCAACAGAAUGCGACAGUCAAACAGGAGUUUCCGGAUGUCAAACCGUCGUACCCAUGUACAUUUCAAUUCUGUGUGAUCUGUCAAAAAGACGUGCACUCCUCGAAACUUCCGUGCCAUAUCCGUCAGUGCCAUGUAGCCAAACCAAUGUUCCAAUGUCCAGCAUGUGAUUUCACCUCAACAUAUUCCAAGAACAACGUCAAAAGUCAUAUGGUCUCACUUCACGGGCUAGCGGGUGAUCCUAUCAGCUACAUGGACAAGUACGCUGCACAAGUCGAUGAGUUCAUGAAGAUGUGUUUCCCGAACGUUCGUGGUCGUGGUCGCCCAAUGCAAGGUCGUUCAUCUCCUCGGUCGCCUACAAGCCCUCAGCAGACGGCGGCUCGGAGAAACAGUCAGCAGAGUUCCGCACUUCGACGACCGUCUAUGGUUCAUCCUCAACACGAGAUGCUCGCCCUACAACAACAGCAAGCGCUUCUCGCUGCUGCUCAAGGUAUGAAUCCGCUUGCUAUUUUUCCUCAAAUGGUCAACAACAACAAUAAACUUGCCGCCAGUGUUCUGGAUGGAAAGCUCGGGCAAUCAGAAUGCAAGGCGCAAAAGUUGGAGUCUGCUGAUUCUCUUGACAAUGGUGUCUCCUCUUCUGGAUCUGCCGAAGAUAUUCGAAAUAAAUUUAUGGGUAGCCGAACGUUAUCGAAUUUAACGUUGUCCAUGCGACCACAAACCUCCCGUCCUGGCGAAUCGCUUCAACCCAGGUACCUCAGAUCAAUUCCAUCGGGAACUAUACUCGAUAAGGAACAGGUCAAAGAUACGGUAUUCGAGGCUGCACCGACUGCAUUGACAGCGGAAGUUGUCGAGUACGUUCGUGAUCGAAUCGAUGACGACUCGUCCCUGCUCACAGAAGAGCAACAGCAGCGAGUUGCCGAAAUCCUCCGGAAGGUGAACCUGAAAAAAUUCGAAAUCGAGUUCUCCAUACACAGUAUUGACAGGCUGGACAUGACGGUACUACCACUGGAAAGGGCCUCGUUGGUGCUUGAAGCAGUGCCGUCAGCAGCAGAUGUAGAACGAAUUCGACGAUUCACUGCAGCGCAUCCAAAUUCGCAAUGGACCGAAGCGGAGCAGUUCGUCAUUGAUUUGGCUGGUAUCGAACGAGCUGAAGAGAAAUUGGCCGUCAUGGUUCAUACCGCUAUGUUCGACGAGACCACCAACACCAUUAGCGAGCAAUUGGACUCAUAUGCAACGUCGGCUAAACUUGUCCAGGAAUCCGAGCAGUUGCGAAUGAUUCUUCAAGCCAUCCUGGCACUCCUGAAUCACUUGAACGGCAGUUCUCUUGAGGAAAAGGUCGUCGGCGGUUUCUGUACUAGUCAACUAGCAGAGGUGUGCUCUGCCCAGCUCCCCGAUGGUUCAUCUGUCCUUCAGACGCUGAUGACUUUCAUCCGUGAUCGAGCGCCGUACGCUUCUGAUGCUGCCGACCUCGUUGAACCGCUUAGUACGACAGCCAAAGUACCGUUCCUGUCCAUAUACGAAGCACUACUGCGUUUGGAUGAAGGCAACCAGCGAGUGCAAGCAGAGCUGGAACUGCUUGACUUCGAACAUCCGGUGCUGGCCGUUCGUCUCAGUGAGAUGCGCCGCCGGUUGGAUGAAGUGGCAGAAAAGCUUGUUCGUGUUAAGGACCAAGUGCUGGUGAUGUUGUCAUAUAUGGGUGAGGCACUCCCACGCACCGAAUCCGAAUUCCAUCCUGAACUUUAUUUGUCAAAGUUAUGUGAUUUCCUUAUCUCGUUACGUCUACAGAAUGAUUUGGACGUCGAGGUGGAGAACUGA